AUGUGCAAUUCAGAUCUGGACAAGGAUAAAGCUGUUAGAAGACUGCAGUUAUGCAGAAACUGUCUCAAAGUGCGUCAUCACGCCCAAUCAUGCCAGUCUCGAAGAUGUCAGCGGUGCGAUGGACGACACAACACGCGCCUUCACCACUUCCAAUCGACUAAGCAAUUCGAUACAACAAAAUCACACUUCAACAAAGAACAAAACUACAAAGGAGAAGAUUCUUCAAGUCAGCCGCAGCAGCUGAUGAACAAAGCAGAAAACUCUAUAAAAUUGAGCACAAAUAUAAACAAUCAACAGAACCACAAAGAUUCAACAAGUCAGCAUGAUCAGCCACAGCAGCAGAUUAUCAAACCAACAGAAAUUCCUACAAAGGUUCGUUUUGGGUCUCAGUUGAACUUCAUAACUACGGCCAUUGCUAAUGAGUUGGGUUUAAAGAAACGUCGAGUUAAUAUUCCAAUAAUUGGGAUAGGGGGUCAAGGAUGCAAAUCAGAUUUCGUUACUGAGUUAACAUUUGAGUCGAGAACGUCUAGAUUCCAGGCAACUAUUGAGGCAAGCAUCAUGCCCCGCAUUACCGAUUAUGAUUCAAAUGCACAAAUCGAUAUAUCUCUCUGGAAAUUACCACCUAAUAUAAUAUUAGCAGAUCCUGCAUGCUUUAAGAAUCAACGUAUAGAUAUGUUGCUAGGUGCGGGUAUAUUUUUCGAGUUAUUCAUCCCAGGAGAAUUCAAGAUAUCCAAUGAUCUUCCCUUGUUACGGAACACAAAGCUUGGGUGGGUAUUAGCUGGAAGUGUACCAACAGACACAAAAAUUUCCGCUAAUUGUCAUAUUGCAGCAGUUGUGCGAAAAUUCUGGGAAAUAAAAAAUCACGAUACUCCCUCGAUUGCCAUGACCAGGGAGGAAUAUAAUUGUGAAGAACAUUUUCGAAAAAAUAUAAGAUUAAAUGAUAGCAACCAGUUUGUAGUGCGGUUGCCAUUUAAAGAAGAUCCAAGUGUUUUCUUAGGAGAUUCAUUUGAAGUAGCAAAAAGACGUUUUCUGGCAUUAGAACGAAAACUAGAGAAAAAUCAGGAAUUAAAACAAUUAUAUGCAAGCUUCAUGCAAGAAUAUGAAGAUCUUGGCCAUAUGAGUCCAAUUGAUGAGAGCAAACUGUGCAACACUCAUUUUUUCAUCCCUCAUCACUGUGUUAUGAAACCAGAAAGCACAUCAACAAAGCUUAGAGUUGUUUUCGAUGCAUCAGCUAAAAGUUCUUCUGGGAAUUCACUUAAUGACAGUUUAAUGGUUGGUCCAACAGUUCAACCAGACUUAUUUUCUAUUAUUACAAAGUUUCGAAUGCACAGAUAUGUAUUCACGGGUGAUAUAAAUGACUGUCUUACAGGUGCUGAGACAUUAGAAGAUGCUAAAAGUUUGCUAACAGAUGUUGCCAAAAUCUUAAAACAGAGGAAUUUUGAGCUAAGAAAAUUCUGUUCUAAUCAUCCAGAUAUAUUGCAGAGCGUUCCUGAAGAGCAAAAGGGACAACUUGUUGCGUUUCACCAAUCUGAAGUGAUUAAAACUUUGGGACUGAUCUGGGAUCCUGCAUUGGAUGCAUUUAGAUUUAAAUUUGACCUUGAUGAAAUUAAUGAGAAUGAGAAAGUAUGCAAACGAACCGUACUUUCCAACCUUGCAAUCUUAUUUGAUCCUCUGGGUCUUCUUGCACCAGUCAUAGUUCUUGGUAAACUAUUUUUACAGGAGUUAUGGAAAACAAAGUCAUCUUGGGAUUAUCAGCUCCCUGAAGAUCAAGCUAACAAAUGGCUUCGUUACUUCAAUAGUUUUUCGAUGUUAAAAGAUUUAAGCAUCCCUAGAUAUGCUUCUUGUCCUAGCAAAAUGAAAAACGUUGAAUUGCACGCAUUUUCAGAUAGCAGUCAAAAGGCCUAUGGCUCUUGUGUGUAUAUUAGAUCCGUUGAUGAUAAUGAAAUUAUUAAUUCACACCUGCUUUAUUCCAAAUCAAGAAUUUGUCCUCUAAAAGUCACAACCAUAGCUAGAUUGGAACUACAAAGAGCUGUUCUCAUGGUUGAAUUAGUAGCUAGAUUACUGCCACUAUUUUCUAAUGAAUUUAGAAGAGUUUGCUUCUAUACUGAUUCAACUACAGUACUAGCGUGGAUUAAAUCACCUUCCUGUACAUGGGAUACCUAUAUGUCGCAAAUAGAGUGGCUAACAUUCAAGCGAAUACGGAUAUAG